AUGUCUGACGGUCCGAUUCGGAAAGCAUGCGACAGGUGCCAUAGGCAGAAGCUCAGCUGUAAACGCGUCGGCGAUGAAGCAUGCGAGCGGUGUAUCAGACUCAAGGAAGAGUGCACCUCGAGUCCUUCUUUGCGCUAUCGGAAGCAAAAUCAGCACGGCUCGACUCGAGACCUCUCACGAAAACGUGUUCCGUCGCCUAAACGCCAACGGAAAAAGGGCGGCCAUCCAGUCGCCCACACUGAUCUGUCAAUCGUCAAGACACAAAAUCUUGCUUCUGUCUGCAGUAACACAGGGUUCCCAGAUGAUGGUACCGUUCCGUCCGAUGCUAUGCUAGACAUAGUGGACUUCGACUUCAGUUUUGGCGGCCACUCUGCCGGUCUCUAUCAAUCCGGUCCGAACCAGCAGCAACCGGUACAACAAGCCUUCGGCGACAGCAUGGACGCCUUGAUGCCGGACCAUGGAGACACCAUCGCCCAAUCCUGGAGUCCCGUUCACUCUACAACAUCGGACUCCGCAUUCACAUCACCUAUGGCUCCGGAAACAGGCUUCGCUGGCCGUGCUUAUCUCGGAAGCCCUUCACCCUACGGGCACCUGUCAGCAUCCAGCGAGCUACAGGAACCAGCGCCACAUAGGAUAUCGAAAAGGUGUAUCAGGCAAAGAGCGAGGCAGAUCAUGCUGCGGCCGUACGCUGGUGGCCACGGUUCAUCGACGGAGGAGUGGAUGCCUCGAAUCACGGAAGUCAACUCCCGGCUCUUCGAGCUUUCUUCGGAUCUACCCGCUCAAAUGGAUUCUUCCGAGGAGCAUGGCCGAUCCAGCAUGGCAUCCACACCCGAUAACGGAAGCUCCACGACGGCGCCUUUCCCCAUCGACGAGAUGUUCAAACUCUCGCGUCACUUUGCAGACAUUCUUGCAGAGGUGUCUCCGCCGGCAGAGGUGGGCUCUCCCGCAAGCGAUGACGGAAGUUCCCAACCCGCUAGAAGACUCAACUCCUUGUCGGAUCCGGCGACCUGUCUCUUCGUUCUCUCGACCUAUGUUCGGCUUCUGGACAUGUACCAGAAGGUCUUUAGCUGUAUCCACUCGGAGCUAGCGCAGCUAGAGUCGGGCAAGCUGUUUCAGUCCUGGAAGCUCCCUGGCGUCACAGUGGGCUCAUUCGCAGUUGAUUCGACGCCAUCGCUGCAGAUGUCUCUUACAAUCCAGUUGGCCGAGGAGUUCCUUCUACAGAUGCGGCGAGCGACCACAUCACUAGACCCGGCUCUGCGAUCGGAUAGUUCAUCAGUAGGCAGGGCAUCUGACACCACCUCCAUGUUCUCUGGUGUAGUCGAUGUCUCAUUCCAGGCCCUGAAGAGGCAAGAAGAAAGUCUAGGCAAGGAGCUAAAGGAGCUACGCAAGGCGAUGGAGUCUUUUCUCGACGGAUGA